UCCCAGGCGCGCGCUGUGGGCGACAUUGUUGGCUGUGCUGAGUCUGCUGUCGCAGGACCCUGCCCUCUCCAAGAGGAAAGCAGUAUGACUAAGUUCCAGGAAAUCGUGACUUUCAAGGACGUGGCUGUGGUCUUCACCGAGGAGGAGCUGGCGCUACUGGACAAGGCCCAGAUAAACCUGUACCAAGACGUGACGCUGGAGAACUUCAGGAACCUGGUCUCAGUGGGAGACGGGAUCAAAAACAAUAUUUUGAAUCUUCAGGAGAAAGGGUUGAGUUGCCUCUCACGAGAAGUACUCUACUGUUGGCAGAUUCGGAAACAAAGGAUCAGUGAACUAACUGUGAGUCAGGAUUAUGCCACGAAUCUUCAAGGAGGUUGUCCCCGGUAUUUAGAAGAUGUUUUCCUGUGUGACAAGUGGGCAAGAGUAUCUCUUCAGAUUUCUGACAGUGAAAACUAUGUAAUAGAUGCCGUUCACUUAGCAAACUGUGAUGGCACUGCUCAGGAAGGCCUGACGCAGAUCCUCACCCCGGACUCUUGGAGGAAAACCAGCUUAAUGACCGAGGCCCAGAAUUCUCAGGGAAGCUGUAAGAGAAUUUAUAUGGAAGAGAAACUGCGUGGAUGUGCCCGGUGUGAUGACAGCUUCGGUCGGACCUCCCGUGACUGCGAUGAUCCCCAAGAAUAUAAAGGAGAGGAACUUGGUAGAUCCACCAACGGUGGGGAAAACCUGGUUAUGAAGUCAAGAGCCAGACAACAUAACGUGGUACACGCGGCACCGCAUCCUUUCCAUCCUGGAAUGGGCUUCACAGAUGGUGCAAAUCCGAACUUCCAUCGCAGCGCUCACGUGGCAGAAAAAUCUUAUAAGUGUGACCAGUGCAAAAAAGACUUUAGUCAGACUUCAGAUCUUAUUCGUUAUAAAACCCAUGCAAGUGAGAGACCUUAUGAAGGUCAAGAGCAGGCGAAGGGCUGCCAACAGAGCUCAGACCCUCCCAGAGAUAAGAAGGGCCUCUUGGAAGACAAACCCUAUCAAUGUCCGGAAUGUGGCAAGGGCUUUAGGCGCGGCUCCUCUCUUCACAACCAUCAUCGAGUGCACACGGGGGAGAUGCCCCACAAAUGUGACGUGUGUGGGAAGGGCUUCGGGUUCAGGUCACUACUUUGUAUUCACCAGGGAAUACACACGGGGGCAAAGCCCUACAAAUGUGACGAGUGCGGGAAGGGCUUUGAUCAGAGCUCCAAUCUCCUUGUCCAUCAGAGAGUCCACACCGGAGAGAAACCCUACAGAUGCAGUGAGUGUGGCAAAUGCUUUGGUUCGAGCUCCGUUCUGCAGGUCCACCACAGGUCGCACACGGGGGAGAAGCCCUAUAGGUGUGGUGAGUGUGGAAAGGGCUUCAGCCGAAGCACACACCUUCACAUUCACCAGAGAGUUCACACUGGGGAGAAACCCUACAAUGCAGUGUGUGUGGAAAGGCGUUUGCAUACAGUUCCGUCCUUCACAAUCAUCAGAGAGUUCACACGGGAGAGAAACCUUACACAUGCCAAGUGUGUGGUAAGGGUUUCAGUUACAGCUCAUAUUUUCACUUACAUCAACGCGAUCACACCAGAGAGAAACCCUAUAAAUGUGACAAGUGUGGUAAGGGCUUCAGUCGGAACUCAGAUCUACGUUCAUCUCAGAGUCCACACGGGAGAGAGGCCCUAUAAGUGUAAGGACUGCGGAAAGGGUUUCAGUCGGAACUCGUAUCUUCUUGCUCAUCAGAGAGUGCACACAGACGAGCUGCAGUAUACGCGUCAUGAGCAUGACAAGGGUUUUGGUUGUAGCUCCGACCUUCUUACUCAUCAAAGACUGCGCUAGAGGACAGAAGCAUCAUAAAUGUAAGUCAGGGUUCAACCAGGAAAACAGAAGCCACUCUGUGUGUUCCAGAUGACAGAGCCUUAUUCAGCCAUUGGAGGGCUGGGAGAGCAAAGGACAGGGUCACUGCCACCUAUGUCAGCCUGUAGCACAGAAGCACCUAGUUCUUAAGACCAUCUCAGGAAACGACUGUAGAUCUCAAAGAACAUUCAGGAUAGUGCUGAGAAAUGAAACCUGUGUUAUUAGUGUGGUCAGAAUAUUAGUUCGUACUCAGGUUUUCAAAUCCAUUAGAUUCUCUAAAAGGAGAGAAGCUCUAUAGAAGUGAUGUUUUAAGGGUGUGGCAGAAACAGUUCUGUGUGUUCAUCACGCUCGUCCAUUUCCUGGGCACACAGGAGGAUUCCAUUUCCCAGGAACCCUUGCAUUUAAGAGUGGAUCCAUACGAUUGGGUUUCAACCAGUGGAUGGCAAGCAAAAGUGAUAUAAGCCACCUCCAGGCUCGGCCCUUACAAACCUCUCGUGAUUUCCUACAGGCUUCUUCCUGUCAUGGUGACCUGUUUAUUUCACACUGGAUUGAUGAAAAAUGGCUGUCUGACCUGUGUGGGACUUUUUUUUUGUUGUUGUUGUUAGUAAGAAAUAAACAUUUAUUGUGUUACACUA